GCGGUGGACGGAAAGGCCGCAUCUUCGCUGACCUUCUCCUCCCUCGACCAGCCGACAUUGACGCCGCUUGCUCCCCCGCUUCCGUUCGCAAGACAGGGACUUGCUGACUCAAGCCCGCACAAAUAUGCAAAAGGCUCAAGUUCGCAUGCAGCAGCAAGCCAACAGGCGUCGCGUACCAUGUCCCAUCCACGCCGGUGAUCUGGUUUGGGUCUCCGCAGAAGAGUUUGCACUGGAACAGGAAGUUUCACGCAAACUGCUUCCCAAGUGGUUUGGACCUUGGUCUGUGACAGCAGCCGCGGGCGAUGAGCCCGAUGGCCCUUCAUUUGUGAUCAACAUUCCAGAGCAUCUGACGGUCCAUCCGGUCUUCCACGCCUCGAAGCUGGCAACAUACACACCAGCCAAGAGCGACAACUUUCCGGGCCGACGAUCGCAGGACCCUCCUUCUAUGGAUGGCCAUCAGGAAGUUGACCGCGUCAUCAUCGAUCGCAAGUACGGCAGCAAGCCGCGGCAGUACAAAGUCACAUUCAAAGCAUGCGAUCGCGACGACACUCGGUGGAUUUCAGGAGCAUAUUUGAAAGCAUCAGCACCGCUGAUCUACGCUCACUAUGAACGUCAAAGGUUAGCCAAGGGACCUCCACGACCUGCCCCUCCCACCCGGACUGUGGUCCCUCCCUCAGACAGACAGCUUCGCCCUCGCAG